CACCACGAGAUAAACUAGUCUUCUUCAACUGUUAAACACUUGACAUAGUUAUAUAAUCUGUGUAACCUUGUUUAAAAUGUCUGAAUUAACAUUUGUGUUAGGGAUUCUUUCUACAGCUUGUGUAACUUUCUUAUUCAUUAAAUGGCUUUUACAAAAUAGAGGUAAGAGAUAUCCAAGGGGACCUUUCGGGUUUCCGAUUGUUGGACACUUGCCAUUUUUCGGAAAUCAUCCACCGUCAACCUUCAUGAAAUGGUGGAAAUCUUACGGGGAUGUAUUUUCCAUCAGAUUAGGUAGCUGGAAUGCUGUUGUCGUAAACGGAUUCAAGGCAGUCAAGGCCGCGGCCGAACAUCCAGAUGACGCCUUUAGCGGAAGACCAAACUUCGUUUCCAUGGAGCUUUUAAUUGAAAGUGACAAUGAGGAGAGAUUCGCUUUUGGUAACUUCUCACCAGUGUAUCUAAAACAAAGAAAACUGGCGUCGAAAGCACUUCGUUUAUUUACUUCCAAAAGAUCAGAAGUAAUUGAAGAAUUAGUAACAAAUGAGGCUACAUCAUUCUCGGACUCUUUGAUAAGAAAGUAUAGCACAACUCCUGGUUUCAUAGAACUAGAUGUCCAGACACUAGUAACAAGAAUAAUUUACCAAAUCUUGUAUGGACGGGGUAAACAGGUUGAUGUUGAUAAGCACGUUAAAGUAAUCAUUAAGUCACUGGAUGAGAUAAAUGAAUUUUCCGGAAGUGGGAGUCCAAUAGACGUCUUACCAUGGUUACGGUAUGUCAUGCCUUGGAAAAUAACCGCAUUUCGACAAACUAUCGCCAAAGCAGAUGGUAUUAUGACUGAACAGGUACAUGAGCAUUAUGACUCAUUUUCUACAGGCAACAUCAGGGACGUGGCGGAUGCUAUCAUUACGAGUGAUGCAGAUGACGAAGACAAUAAAGAUCGAUAUGUGUUGACAAGGUCAAGGUUGAAUUUUACGUUGGGUGAUCUACAAGGAGCCGGGGUGGACACAACAAAUAAAACUUUGUCCUGGCUGAUACUCUAUAUGACCAAAUUCCCGCAUGUUCAAGAACGCGUGUUUGCAGAGAUAGAUGCCAUAGUUGGGAAGAACCGGGAUGUUGCACUGAAUGACAAACCAGAUCUUGUAUACACGAAUGCUGUGAUUCUUGAAGUAAUGAGAAUUGUAACACAAUUACCUCUAUCAGUUCCCCAUUUUGCAAUGAAAGAUGCAAUGUUAAACGGACUUGAUAUUGAUAAGGACACAGUCGUUAUUUUCAAUCUGUAUUCUGUACAUCACGAGAAAGAGUUCUGGGAAGACCCUGAAUGUUUCCGACCAGAACGGUUUAUAAACGAUGACAAUAAGUUAGAUUCGGAUAAAUGCAAUCAUGUUCUGCCCUUUAGCCUCGGUAGACGCCGUUGUGUUGGGGAAUUCCUGGCAAAAAUGAAUAUUUUUCUAGCGUUUUCCAUCGUGAUGCAAAGAUGCAAAUUUGUUAAACCGUCAGGCGAAAGCUUGGAUCUUACUCCAAUUCCUGGACUUGUGUACACGUGCAAAGAUUUCAAGGUGCUCGUGCAAAAACGAAAUUGACUUUGAGGGAGUUAAGCAGACGUGCAAAUUAAUGUAAAGAAUCGUAUUUGAACUAACUGUAUUCGUAUUUUUCGAAGGUCGGUAGGGCCUUGUUACUCUGACUUAUCUGAAUCUAUUGACCAAAUUUGUCUGAAUUGGCAGAAAAAUUCAACUUCGCUAAAAAAUAAAAAAGACAGUUUGUAUUAAAAAGGAAAAAACUAACGUAUUCAAACAGAAUAAUUAACGACUUAUUGUUUGACCUGUUUUUGAGAUUAUCAAGUAAUUCAUCGGAAGUUAGCAUAACAUUAUCAAGAUAAUCGGACAUUCGCCUUAUCAAAUGUUUGGAAUUAGUGAAAAGAAUAGAACGCUAGUUAUGAAUUGUUUAGGACUAAACAGAAUUCGAGUUGUCAGUUGUUAGACUAAAACAUUAAUGUACAUAACACUUAUUAUACCGGUGUGGCCUGAUUAUAAGUAAAAAUGGUAGGGAUAUAGGAUGCUACUGGAUUACCUUCUUUAUUAUGUUCUAGCGCACCACUUAUUAUUUUGCUAAUAUUUUAUAUCACACUGGUAUCAGAGUCUGACCUUUAUCAUAGCUUUAGAAGUAUAUGUUGUUAAAAAGAUAUAAGAAAUGUUAUCAAAUUGAGAAUGCAUUUUCUAAGAACUUCAAAUCCAUGUAUUUCAAUUGUUGUUGUAUUGAAAGAACGCCACGAUGUAGAGAAUUACUCGAAAUUUGUCAUUUGAUAAAAAAACGUUAAUAAAAUAAAACAGAGUGGAAAUAUUACCCUUAGGGUAAAAUAGUGUUAUAAUGCGUAGCUAUAUCCAUUUGAUACUUUUGUAUAAAAUACAUAAUUUAAGUAAUGUAAACUCUUUUGUGUACACAUAGAGCAGGAACACCAAAGGCAUAUGAUAUUUUGGAUCUUUUUGAAUUGGACACCAGAAAACUGUUCUGGACUGCUAACCAAUGGUCAAAUAAACUAUUCACUAAAAUACAGACCAAUGAAAGAUUUCAAUACAUUGUUGUAACAAUAUCAAAUAUCUUAGCCUUGGCUGGGACUCCAACACUGGACCUCUUACAGCAAACGCCAACACUCACAACCAUACCGCUACAACACAGGUUCUAUAGCAAGCCGUGUAAGUGCUUCCACAUACAUUACCUGUAACUGAACCACUAUGUGACAAUACAAUACUUCGGAUCAUCGGUGAAUUGACUUUGUUACGGUAAAGGCAGUUUUUGUAUAAAAGUACUUUCUAUUUUCCUUAACAUUUAUAAUGCAUUUGUUAGAAUAUGAACUCACUCACCGGCAGUACCAUUAAACUAUAACUUACUUCGAAUCCUAUAUUUGCCCAUUUAGCAGUAACCGAACCGCGAAGACAGAUUAAUUUGUUUCAAACAACAAUAAUACGAGUAGUGGUUAGAUUUCAUACUACCAUGUGUCGUAUAAAUUUUCAUUCAUUCAUUCAUUUAUUUAUUCAUUCCUAGAUGUAAAAGUACAUUAUUUAUAUUUAGUCGUCACCGAUGCAUGUAUUUGAAUCCAUUUCUAAAAUUACACUGCAAAGAACUCCUAGUUAGUCACUAUAUGGAUUAUAAACACUAAUGAUAUAAUAUAUAUCACACAAGUGGCAGUGAUCAAUAUACCAUCGUUAACAAAGCCAUUGCAUAAAGUUAAACGUGUUUUAAAGAAAGAAUUGCCUACAUUUCCGGUGAUAUAUGAACUAGUUAAUAAGGAGACCUGGGGUCACUAUCUCGAAAACUUAUUCGUAUUGUAAGUUAAGGUAUGAUUUACAAUCAAUCUAAGGUAAGACUAAUGUAGCGUUAUUCGGCUAUCUCCAAAUACCUCUUAACGCCCUCGUAAAGGGUUCGUAACUUAAGGUAUUGUUAGUUAGUUACGAUAUCAUAAGUCGUGAAUUAUCCAUUUAAUGACGUCUUUUUCGACCAACUGCACGUGUUACUGAUAGCUUACUAACUGUCUGUUGCUCUACUAAAAAGGAUUUACAUUUCGUCAGACUUUAUUCCGUAAUAAAAUAUUAAUAAAAAAUAAAACAAU